AUGGUAAGAUACUUGGAGCAAGAUUACCACAUCACGAAACAAUAUGAUCACCGUCAAACAAACAACUCGUACCCAAUAAACAUCCGAGAUUAUCAAUAUCCUGAAGAUUAUGUCCCUCCUAAAUUCAAAACGUACGAUGGAGAAGGAAACGCACGGGAGCACCUUAGCCGAUUCCUUUCAGCUAUGAACGACAGAGCCUCUGACGAAAAGUUAUGUCUAAAGGAGUUCCCCAAAUCUUUGACAGGAACGGCAUUUACUUGGUAUGAUAACUUGAAGGCGGAAAGCAUAGACUCUUGGAUGACCAUGAUCUCGCUGUUCCUAGGAAAGUUCUACUCCGCUAAGCGUAAGAGUACGUUAAUAGACUUAAGUAGAAAUGGUCAGAGGAUGGGCGAAGAAAUAGUAAAAUAUAUCAUGAGGUUCCGAAGGUUGGCAUUGGAUUGCCAUGUGGAUGUCAGCGAGGAAGAGCUGGUAGAAAUAUGUGUACGAGGAAUGGUACAAUCCUUCAAAGGAAGUUUGAUCAAUUUCAGAUUCCAGACUUUUUUUGAACUGGAAGAAGCAGCCGAAAGAAUUGCCGACUGCAUAGAAGAGUUGCCCACAAAUCUCAAUUGGGGUUACAAAGUGAGUACCACGUCUUCAAUCCCCUAUAACCCGAGGCCUAACAUUAAUGAAAAUGGAAACCGACAACAAAUGAGUGACCCUCCCCAAAAAAGAAGCAGAUGGACCAGAAAAUAUUCAAGACCCCCUCAUCCUCCGUUGCCAAAUGGUAGGGAACAAAUAAUUGGGCUCCUGAAUCAAUGGGUCGCCAGAGGAGAGGUCCAACUACCCCCAACAGUGGUAGAUAUAAACAAAAUGAAUAAAGAUGCUGCAAAAUACUGUCAUUAUCAUAGGAGGAUAGGGCACCCAACCAUAGAGUGUCUCGCAAUAAGGAGUAUACUCGAACAAAAACGCGAAUCCGGGGAGUUUGAAGCGACGAGGAAGAUGAUCGAAAUCGACCCCUUCCCGCAUCAUUAA